AAAAAAAAAAUCAUUCAAGAGAGACUCUUAUUGUGAAGGCGUGUAGCGGAAGUGCCUGUGCUGACGAGGUCCCGUCUCUUCCUGCGGUCAGACGCCGUUCACACAGAUUUUCUCUCCGCCUGUUCGAGUCCAAUCACGGCGGCUCGACUGCUCCCCGAGGCCGGAACUCACCGACAGGAUCCAGCCGUCGUCCGGAGGGAGGUCUGGAUUUCUACCGAUUACCGUGCGGUGGAUGGUUUUGUGCUCGGGGGGUGGGGACCUGGAAACCAGGGCCCGCAGAGGGAGUAGGGAGGAGGCCCCGACGCCCCCUUGUUCUGACCCAGAAAAAGCGCCGACGGCCGGGCUGCACGUCUACUAGCAGGCCGCCUAGCUUCUGGGCGCACCGGAGCUCGCAGGGUGUCACCGGAGAGGAGCGGAAAACCGGGUCGCUCUGAACCCGGUCGCCUAUCCCACUUUUUAUUAAUAAACGAUUUUUUCUGUACUUGAAGAAAAUAAAGUCUGGAUAUCGGGGACUAGGUGUAAGCUAGCUGCAGGCGAGCAGUUAGCUUGUGUCCCCGGUGAGCAGAGCGGAGGCUCCGGGAGGAGCACCGCGGCUCUCCGCGGACUGUCUGCGGGGUUCCCGCUGCUCACAGACGCUCACCAUGGCGGCGUUAAUCAAGGAGAUCGUGAGCAGGAAUAAGAGACGGUACCAGGAGGACGGCUUCGAUCUGGACUUGACCUACAUUUACCCAAACAUCAUAGCCAUGGGGUUUCCUGCCGAUCGGCUGGAGGGCGUCUACAGGAACAACAUCGAUGAUGUCAUACGAUUCCUGGAUUCAAAACACAAGAAUCAUUACAAGAUCUACAACCUGUGCGCUGAACGACAUUACGACACGUCCAAAUUCAACUGUCAAGUGGCUCAGUACCCAUUUGAGGACCAUAAUCCUCCUCAGCUGGAGCUGAUCCGGCCGUUCUGCGAGGAUCUGGAUCAGUGGCUCAGCGAGGACGAGCAGCACGUCGCCGCCAUCCACUGCAAGGCGGGCAAAGGUCGCACAGGGGUCAUGAUCUGCGCGUACCUGCUGCACCGCCGCAAGUUCCAGGAGGCGCAGGAGGCGCUGGACUUCUAUGGCGAGGUCCGCACACACGACAAGAAGGGCGUUACCAUCCCCAGUCAGCGGCGUUACGUCAUCUACUACAGCUUCCUGCUGAGGAACCGUCUGCAGUACAAACCCGUCGCUCUGCUCUUCCAUAAGAUGCUGUUUGAAACCGUCCCCAUGUUCACGGCCGGCACCUGCAAUCCUCAGUUUGUGGUUUACCAACUGAAGGUGAAGAUCCACACCUCUAACCCCGCCCACACCAGACGGGAGGACAAGGUGAUGCUGUUCGAGUUCCCACAGCCACUUCCUGUGUGCGGCGACAUCAAGGUGGAGUUCUUCCACAAGCAGAACAAGAUGAUGAAGAAGGUUUGUUUUCUUUGUUCUGAGCUCAGAGACAUUUGUCCUCCACACGUGGACGUGUGUGUCCUCACACGUCUUCUGUCUCUGCAGGAAAAGAUGUUCCACUUCUGGGUCAACACGUUCUUUAUCCCGGGACCGGACGAGAAUCUGGACAAACUGGAGAACGGCAGCACUGGAGCGGCGCGGGAAUCGGCCGACAGAACGCACCAGAACCCGGGUCGUGACGUGGUGAACGCGAUGACAGGAAGUGACACCAACGACAGAGACUUCCUGGUCCUCACACUGAACAAGAACGACCUGGACAAGGCCAACAAAGACAAGGCCAACAAGAACUUUUCCCCCAACUUUAAGGUGAAGCUGUUCUUCACAAAGACGGUGGAGGAGGGCGGGAACUGCGACGCGAGUAGCACAUCGUCCUCGUUGACCCCGGACGUCAGCGACAAUGAACCGGAUCACUACCGCUACUCCGACACAACGGACUCGGACCCGGAGAACGAGCCUUUUGAAGAGGACGACCGAGACCAGAUCACAAAAGUCUGACCCACAAACACACAUAUACACAGGAUGUAUGUACAUACAUAUAUAUUUGUAUCCACAUGAACCCCCACACUCUGACGGGGAUUAUACCCACCGGACCAGAACUGAUCCAUAAGACUGAGAUCAGAAUAUAAGACACGCCCCUCCCACACCUCGGUGCACACCUGGACAAUCACCUGACGGACAGAAGACGGACGAGUGGACAGUGACCGGGUCAAACUUGAAUAUUGAGUAGAUGUCUUUAGUGAUAAAUCCCGGCUCCCCAUGUGUCCUACUGUCCUUUCCUUGCUGACGAGGAAACUCUACGUCUUGCAUUUGGUCAUUGGCUCUUUGUGCGAUAACGUCCAAAAUAAGGGUGUCAGUGGGUUUCGAUUUUUUGUCCUUGUCAGCGAGUUUUUGUUGUCAGUUGUCAAAAAUCCUCCUAGUUCAGUUCAGACCAGUCUGGACCUGGUCCGGUCUGGAUUAGCGCACAAAGAGACUUUGUUUAAGCUUUAGUUCAAAUGUGACGAUGUCAAUCAUAAUUUCUGUUCAAUCACUUUCACAUGUUUUGAUUUUCCCGUUAACGUUAGAACAUUCCUGCUAACACCAGGUGGGCGGGGUUAGCACUUUAUACAGGACGUCAGGAAAAGCCGUUCUUUUAGCGCCGGGUUCGUCCAGGCCGAACAUCGUAGAUUUGUUUCGCAUUCACGCGACAUUUGAAAAUGCGACAAAAGACGGAACACACAAAGACUGAAGACAGCGUCCUCUAGCUAGCGGGUCCUGCACACGCAGUAACGCCGCACUCACGAGUCCGACGUUCGACCGAUCCUUAAAUAUCGCUGCUCAUUCACUCUGAAUGUGGGCGGAGCCAUGCUGUGGCUCCAUUAGCUUUACCCACCAAUCAGAUCACAUCAGUACUCCGUCCAAACUCUGGGAGCUCGGGGACAAGUCCGUCCUGUCCCACGCCUCGGGCUGCGCCCACCACCGAGCAUUAAAGCGACGAGUUUGUGUGAGAGCUCUGUCGUCCUCGGACCAGCAGGUGGCAGCAGUUCAGCCGUCAUCAUGUCGGAGAAGUUAAUUAAAAUAAGCUUUUUGUCAUGAUCAGUGAGGUUAGCGUGUCUCUGUGCACGCCCUGUCUCAGGUGCGCUCACAUUAGCCCCUCCCUCAAUCUGAAACAUCAAAGAAAGGGGGCGUCAUAGUUUUUUUCCACAUUUCAAAACUCGUCAGAUCUUCUGUGACGUUUCUCCGCCGCCUCACUGAGGACACCGUGUGGACAGACGUGGUCUUUCACCGUCCUCGUUUUUUUGGUUGACAAAAAAAACAUUUCAGCUAGCUAUCAGUUUAAGCUCACCUUAACGCUGCAAAGUCUGUUUAGUUUUUAACGUUCACGUUCAUUUCACGAACAAAAAGCUGUGAAACUCUGGAUACAUUUAUGCUAACAUCCUGAAGCUAACACGACCCAUGUCAUGCUAACAUCCCGAGGCUAACAGAACCCAUGUCAUGCUAACAUCCCGAGGCUAACAGAACCCUUGUCAUGCUAACAUUCUGAGGCUAACGUUAACAGAAUCCAUGUCAUGCUAACAUCAGGCUUAAAGCUAACAAGUACCAGGUCUUGCUAUCAUGUUAAAGUCUUAGCACUUAACUAACAGGUCCCAUGCCAAUGCCAACAUCCCACUUAAGGCUAAAGCUAACAGGCCCCAUAUCACUUUCCAGACAUGCUUUCAUGCUAAUGUAGUGAAGUCACAUGUCUUUGCUAUCACGCUAAAGCUAAUGCUGUAAUGCUAACUUCCUGAGGUUAAAGCUAACAGCUUUCACACUAACAUGUUGAAUGCUAAGCUAACAGGUGGUCGUCGUGGAAACAGACGUGUGACAAUUGAUUCAAGUGUUUCCGUUCGUCACGAUUGUUGUUGAUUUGACCAGGUGAACCUGUAUCACCAUGGAAACGUGUUAAACUGACUCUUCCCCCUGGUCUUUUAUUCCCUCCUUGUUUUAUAAUGAAAUAAAAACGCUGUAAAGUGAAUAAACUAUUUAUAAACAGUC